UAAAAGGGGAACAUGUUUUAGUUUGGUAUAUUUUGGCGCUCUGGAAACGGUAACACGAGUGGCAACGCCAUUUUGAUUGCUCGUCUUAUUUUUGGGUUUUAGAAUUUUUUAUUACUUUUCAUAAAUUUUAUUCUGAGAACUUAUAACGACACAGCCAUGGCGCAGGCGUUGGUGGAUGAGGAAACGCUGGAGGCAUUGGUCUUCGAGCGCUCGAAGGCCUGGUCAAGCAAAAUGAAGGAAUUUACCAGCUUGGAAGACGGCAUGGAGAUGAAUGUGUCGGAGUUCGACAACUUAUUCCACGGCGAGGACCAGAACCCUGAUCUGGAGGACGUGGCGCUGGAGGCUUUGGAAGACAAUGUGCCCAAAGAAGCAAAGCUUGAAAUGGGCCAUAUCAACGCCACCAGCGUUGCGGAACUGACACUGGUGCUGUGCGCCAAUGAGAACGAAGAGUCAAAGACCGAGAUCGAAGAAAUACUUAACGAAACGGUCCCGGUCGUCGAGGAGCACAAGCGCAAGUGGCGGGAGGCGGGACUGGAUCGCAUCCUGGACACUUUUGAUGAAAAGCAGAUCGAACAUCAUGUGGGCCGCUGGAUGCGAAGGCACAACGGCGUCUACCUGGAGGCCUCUCCACCGAAGUACCACCAUGCGCACCACAACUCAAUCUCAGACGAGAGCGACGAAUCGAUGCACUCCAUCGACACGGCUCGCUACAUUCAGCAGAGCCGCCGGCGCAAUGUGCACACGAACAAUAAGACUUCCCACAUGAGCACCAUUAAGAUGUACCGUAAACACUCUCACAAGCGGGACGAGCUGCGGGCAAAGUACGCCUACGAUGACGAGCAGGAGCAUCGUCACCACAUGCAGGCGGUGUUGCUUCGCCGACGUGAGAGGGAGCGCCAACUGGCUUACCUGGCUUCUAGGCCGAUGGAAUGCGUCUACUCCAGGGGUCAUUACAUGAGACGCAAAUAUUUGCGUAAGCGGCGCAUAAACUCCUGGAUGUUUGACUCCGCAUCCAGCAGCGAGGACGAUACAUCAUUCGGCGGCGGUGACUGUUUAUCCUGCCGGAGGCAUUACUCUCAGUCUAGAAGUGUCUACAAGUCCUCCCCUUACGGCAAGUAUCGCCACCCCCAGGUGGCAUCUAGAACCAUGCGCACUGUGCACCGCCAUCACACCUUUGACAUGGAGCUGGACUUGCGACCAAGGCUGCCGGAGAACGAGUGCAGUUGCUGCAAUAGUAACCGCCUAUGCUCUAAUGUGAUCCACAUUGCCAAUAGCUCCACCGAAGAGUGGGUGGUAGAGAACAGAGGAGGUCAUUUGACCCAGGAGACGCAGGAUAUGCCCAGGAAGCAAGAGCACCAACCGAUGGAUGCCAAGAAAAUUAGCCAUCGCUCCAAAGAACACGAACAAACCCCUCAUAGUUCGAAGGCUACCUCUGCUUCCAAAAUGGCCUUAUCUACAAAAAACUACAUGCAAAUGUUUCCUAAUGAAACUUCCGAUGAAGAUAACGCCGUGACGAAAAAAGUUCUAACUCCAAAGACCUCUGGUAAGAUUACCCACCCUACUUCCACGGCGAAGAAGGUAUUAAGAAAAGAAGCGCGUCCGACUAGUUUGCCACAGAUUCAAAAAGAAAACCCGUCUGCAACAUUGGGGGCACCAGCCACAAACGCUCCAGUUGAGGCCACUUUUGACGAAGUAUGUGGUGUAUCUACACCAUUAGAAGCUUUAGUAAAGAGUGCUAAUAGAGAAAUUGGCUUGGCUUCCUCACCACUCAAAGAAAAUGAAUUACAGCCAGUGUACGGCACUAAAGCUGACGAAGAGGCAUUGCCUCUCCGAAGUAUUAAAAAACUACGGGUGUCUGUCAAAAAAAUUGAGAUUCCAAAGAGUAUUCCUAACAAAGAAAUCCUGGAAAAAGACAGCACUCAACCCGUGUCUGAUAAACGAGGGAGAGGAAGGCCGCGGAAAGAUAAGAAGAAACAAACUCCGAGAGUAAAAAGGCCAGAAAGAAAGGAAACAACUUCUUAUCUUCCAAAGUUAGAGCAAGUGAGGGAAGAGGAGUCCGAUUUAUCAUCAGAUUUAAAGACAAGAAGUUCAACUACGACAAGCAUUUUGGGGCUUAAUGAUAAUGAGACAUCAAACUCGGACGAGGAUUUCCAACAAGCACUGGCUUUGUCAAAGGCCUCCUUUAAGGAGGAGAUACUGAAACGCAGGAAGGAAAAUACAAAGACCUCUAAUAACCAGUCCCAAUCAACUGCAGAGGAAUCAAUGCCGAUAUUCAACAAUCAAAGCGUAGUGUGCAACUCCACGGCUAUGGCCAACGACACGGCUUGCCGCCGCCUGCUUCGCAACAGACGAGGUGUCAAAAGGGCAGCCGCUGUCAGCUCUACGGAGGAGAACGCAGCGACGAGCAGCUUAAGUUCCUCAACAAGCAGUUUGGGAGAGAUGAACUGCCCCACGCUUGGGGAUCCUGACUGCACUGUAGUUACGUCUACGACAUGCGAGUCGCCGGCAAGUGAGCCGGUGCCGUUUCCAGCGACCAUCAGGAUCACCGAGCGGGGCAUCCUGCUGCACAGACCUUCGGCAUCGGGAGGUGCCAACUUCACACUGACCGAGCAGGGACUCGGAAAGAUUAUUGGAGAACGUUGGGCACGCAAGUACCUGAAAUACCACAUCGGCAGUCGUAGCUUUGACAGCCGACACUCGGUUUACUAUAAGCCGACUCCACAGCUGGCCGCUGUUCUCCGUUCUCCGCAGGAUGCGCAGAACCUCGGAAACUCCAGUGCAAGCGAUGAUGACAUCUUCGAGCAAGUAAAUCGAUAUGGAACGGUGUACAGCAUACUCGAGAAUAAUUCCGGUGACAACUGAUGAUUAAGUUAAGCCGAGCAAGUUAAUGUUUUCUGUUCCUGUUCACUAUUUUUAUUAUAUUUGAAUUUAAUUUUUUUCGUUGUGCUGACGGAUUUCUUGGUGGUUUAUACACAUCCUUCCAAUAGUAAUAUAAGAAAAGCUGUUUCAGUUAAUUUUUGUGUUUUGAUUUAUUUCACGUAAAUUACAUGAUCGAUAGUGAUAAUAGAAAACAUAAUACGUCAUAAUCAUUAUAAUCAUCAUAAAUUUUCGCUUAAGUAUUAAAUAAUUGUUCAAGAGAUUUAUUCGCAUUGCAAUAGUAAUUCUUGUGUGUCGAAGUUGUGUUUAAGUUUGUUUCCAUGAAGUUUAUCAAAAUUCAUAUCGGCUAUUGUUAAUUUUAUGUAUUCACAAGAAAACAAGUAAAACGUAAGAUCAAUUUAUAGAGUGAAAAUGGCGCGUCGAAAAACAGGAGCUUCUUCCUUUCAUGUAUGUACAAAUAACAAAAACUUACCUAAAAUAUGAUGAUAAAUCAAGAAAUUAAAAUUAAACAAAGAGCGUUAUGAUGAAAACAAGAA